GGGUCACACGCGGUCUCGUGACUUGGCUAAUUAAGUUAUUUAACGGAAACCCCUCUCGAGUCUCGCCACAAGUCUUUUCGCAACAUUCUCUUUACCAUACGCCCUUUCAACGACUAAUUAUACGUGCUCUGAGCUCUCCCCUAUUGUUCUCCACUGUCCAGUCUGGUAUUCUCGCUUGAAUAUGCCACCCAAAGCAAGUGUUGUUCGCUUGCAAACUCCAAUAUCUGUCCUUGACGCAGCCCUCCCUUCAUCAGCGAAAACAGAAUGCUCGAAAGGCUCCGGCUCGUUCGAAGCAGACUAGUAGGCACCCACUGUAAUGCCAGGAAUUCCAUUCAGGUAAAUUGAAAUGCAAUGUAAAGGCAAAAACGCCACAACAAGCAUUGUCAAUGCUGGACCCUCGGUUGAAAAUGGCAGUUCUGUAGAUAGUGUAGAUGCGGCUCCACCUCAAAAGAAAACUAAAAGUACCGGAACAACGCCAACGCCAAGAGCGGAAACAACUGCAGAAAGUUGCACACACACGAUGGAUGUUUCUGACGAGCCUGUCCCUCAAGUAGUCAAGAGCUCAGACAAGAUGAGACGUUCCAAAUCCUCUCGCCCAGAUCCAUAUACCACACUCCCAGCGACGACCACUUCCUACAUCCAGCUACGAUUCCAGCUUAUGAACUUCAAAAAUGUAUAUCGCAUCGUUCAACUCCCAGCCACCUUCACCUUCGCCAAUCUGCACACACUCAUCCAGUACAUGUUCGGCUGGAGCAACUCGCACUUGCACCGCGCAGAGGUCGUUUCGUAUGUCGUCAUGCAUGACCCGAACGGUGAGCUGGCUGGCACGAUGAAGAGAUGGGGUCGCAAGCCAAUGUUAGGGGAGUUUUUGGGAGGUGAGGAGGAGGACUUCGGGGACAGGAUAUCGUGGAAGUUUGAAAGGGACGAUAACCCUAUAUAUAAUGUCGACCCAUAUGGCGUGCGCCCCGAAGGUUUUGGCGAGGACUACGCGAAGGCGAUCAAGGACUCUCAUCUGAAGUUGGGUGAAAUCUGGACCAGGGAUUUUAUGAAUAAUGCAUCACUCGGGGAGUCUCCGAACGAUGAGAUUGGCAUUAUCUACGAGUAUGACCUUGGAGACUCUUGGACUGUGCAUAUCUCAUGCGACCCAAAGGAAUUGUUCUUCAAUAGUAGGACGCCAAUUAAUUUUCCUAUCGUCAAACAAGCCCAGGGGGCGCCUCCUAUUGAACAUGCUCCGGACUUUGUCCCCGGGGAAGAAGACGCCAACGAUAAGACGGUCUCUGAUCGCAUUCUCAUACGGGAGAAUUUCCAACUCUAUUGUGAGGGCAAGCUGAUGUCUUGUACUCGAAGGACCGAACUGGCUAUCUAUACCCCAGAGGAGGAAGCGGAACGCCAGAAGCGAUUACAGCAUCAACGCGAGCAAAGGAUGGAGGUCGAUCCUGGUGAAGAGAAUUAUGACGACGACGACGACGAUUCAGGUGAAUGGUACUGAAGAGUUCUCCAGGGACCUUCACGAAUCUGAAUCAUGUGCUGGAAUGAAUCGCGAGAUUCAAAGCUUCAUUUUUAUGCCAAAGUCCCAUCUCGAUAACACAGCUGGUGCACCCAUAGGUUCUGAUACUCGUCAAGGGGUAGAUUUUCGAUUCUUCAGGUCUGUAAAAUUACAUGGAUACGAAUAUGCGGCACUUUCUGUGAAUACACUACUGUACCGAUUUUUUUUCCUUUCACUCGAUAGUAACUUUGUUCUGAAGUAAAGUCACAAUGUUAGAGCGGAAGAACUCCACGAAGAUAACCUUGCCUUGUAGAACGCGACAUGAUCUUUGAUAUGUAAUGCUUUGGGUUUUGGAUUCGCAUAGUACCUUGAAUGAUAACUCAGUAUACCAGCUUGGCCUGGCAGAUACAGUCACUUCGACUUACCAUGCGAUAUCUUUUACAGU